AUGGCAGAGAUCGGCAAUCCAAAUGAAAACAACACCUCAAUAUUUGCCGACCGCAAGCCGCCGAAACGCCUCGUGUUGCCAUUCGGCGUCCGACCACCAGUGGCAGAGGCACUGACAAAGGUUGAUGCAAGUUUCUGCGACCCCAAGAACAACAAUGAGUGUAUAAACUUAGGAUCCCAAGGAGGCGAGUGCGCCGCCAACUGCUGCCUUCCCAUCCCUCCCGGUGCGAAGAUUGUGGAUUUCAAGCGGCCAUCGCGGUCCACCCCCCUCCGCGUCCGCCCCGCCGCCCACUUGGUCGACCCCGAGUACCUGGCCAAGUACAAGAAGGCCAUCGAGCUCAUGAAGGCGCUCCCGGCCGACGACCCUCGCAACUUCAUGCAGCAGUCCAACGUCCACUGCGUUCACUGCGACAGCAUCCCCGACAAUGACAUCCAAGUCCACCAGAACUGGUUCUUCUACCCCUGGCACCGCUGGUACCUCUACUUCAACGAGAGGAUCCUCGGCAAGCUCAUCGGCGACGACAACUUCACGCUCCCUUUCUGGAACUGGGACUCGCUCGGCGGAAUGAUGCUGCCGUCGAUCUACGCCGACCCUUCGUCGCCCCUCUACGACAACCUUCGCGACGCCAAGCACCAACCUCCUUUCCUUGUCGACUUCGACUUCAAUGGAACCGACCCAGGCUUCACCGACGCCCAGCAAAUCGAUCACAACCUCAAGAUCAUGUACCGCCAAUUCUUCUCCAACGGCAAGAAGCCGAUGCUGUUCUUAGGCUCACCUUACCGCGGGGGCGACAAGCCUAACCCCGGCGGGGGCUCCGUCGAGAACACGCCGCACAACAACGUGCACACGUGGACCGGCGACCGUACUCGUCCCAACUUCGAGGACAUGGGCACCUUCUACUCGGCGGGGCGCGACCCCAUCUUCUUCGCCCACCACGCCAACAUCGAUCGCAUGUGGUCCCUGUGGAAGAAGCUCAGCCGUAAGCACCGGGACUUCAAUGACUCGGACUGGCUGAAAACUUCCUUCCUCUUCUACGACGAGAACGCCGACUUAGUUCGGGUCACGGUCAAGGACUGCUUCAAGACCCGGUGGCUGCGCUACAAGUACCAAGACGUGGAGAUCCCAUGGGUGAAAGCCCGACCGACUCCCAAGCUCACCAAGGCGAGGAAAGCCGCCAGCGGAUCGCUGAAACCCACCGCGGAGGCGCAGUUCCCUGUGACGCUGGAAUCCCCGGUCAGCGCGACGCUGAAGAGGCCCAAGGUGGGGAGGAGCCGCAAGGAGAAGGAAGAGGAGGAGGAAGUGCUCAUAGUGGAGGGGAUCGAGUUCGACCGCGACCAGUUCAUCAAGUUCGACGUCAUCGUGAACGCGACGGAGGGCGAUGGCAUCACGCCCGCGGACAGCGAGUUCGCCGGCAGCUUCGUGAACACCCCGCACAGGCACAGGCACCUCAAGGAGGAGAACAAGGGGACGACGAGGCUGUGUCUGGGGAUCACCGACCUGCUCGAGGACAUCGGCGGGGAGGCCGACGACGGCGUGCUCGUCACCAUCGUACCCAAGGCAGGCAAGGGCAAGGUUUCCGUCGGCGGUCUUCGGAUUGACUUCACCAAGUGA